AUGUUAAUACUUGCUAUAGGAAGAAGCUUGUCUUACAAUUCUCGUAUUGCUCAGUUUCCCUUUACACCGACAACUUUUAACACAUCGUCAAAUGGUUUAUGUUCGUGUAGUUUGAGGUAUCGGCUUUAUGUAACACAUGCCUUAAGUACGAUUUCACAACAUAAUCUUCACAGUCUUCAAGUCAAUAACAAUAAUUUCAAACCUGAAACUUUCUUGGAAGUUACAAAUCGAAAUAUGUAG